AUGACUGUGAGAAGUUCGAGCUUUGGGGAGGUCAAUAAUUUCAAGUCGAUUCUCAAAAAUCUUGAUUUCGAUAAGCAGCGUCUGAAAAAAGAGCUGAUAAAAGACCACGACGAGAACUCGCUGAAGAUUCUUGAAGCGUACAAAGCUGCCAGACAAAAAUUGCGCGAUCAAUUCAAAAGACUUCAGCGAGAAAAUAGAAACCGGGCGAAAAAGCGACACAAAAUGAUUUGCUCACUUGAGAAGGCAAAGAGAGCAAUGAAGAGAUCUUACGCCGAGGCGACAGAGACCUGCGACGCUGAGGCUGAAAAAAUGGAGGAUCUAUUUGGCGAGAAUUGGGCGAAUUACUGCGAAGAAAUCCUGGCGCCUGAUGGAAGAACAUUUGUGGCAGAGGAAUGUUCUCCUACUCUUGGGUUUUUCGAAAGAACAAGCGCUAUGAAAGACCUUUGGACUACGGAAGAUUCAGAGGAGAUGGAGAAUGUUUAUAUGCGUAAUAGAAAAGCUCCUCCUGGGUUCGCCAAGAAAAUCAACGAAGAAGAGCAGGUAUCGGUUGAUGAAUCCUCUACUUGCGAUACGAAAGAUGAAAUUACUCGAUCCCCUCUUCGAUCCAUCGACACAAAUGAAAAGCUGACGGUCAGCUUGACCCGCAAGACUCCAUCCUUGCCACCUGGUUUUGAAAAUAGCUCAUUGGAGAACCACAGUGAAGAAGAACCGGAUGAAAACACACCCUCUACGAAUCCAGAAGAUAUCAUCAGAAAGAUAAUCAUCGAGAAGACUACGACUCCAUCUCGCUCAACGCUCAAGGCUCCUCCUGGACUCAGCAAGCCCUUCUACAACCGUGGCUCUCUUCCAAGCACUCCCAAGUUUCUGAAGGAAGUUUCAAAGCGAACCCCUCCCGGUUUAUCAGUAGACGCAACAGAGAAAGAUGAAGAGGAUACAGCGCCAUCAACAUUUACUCCUCCAUCGUUUCUUCAGCCAAUAGCAUCAGCAGUGCCAAUGUUUGGCCAACAGAUGAACCCUCUUUUUGGCACUUUCGGUAGCUUCACAAAUUUUGCUUCAACGCCAAUGCUUCCUUCAUAUGUCGAUCCUUCGACUGCCUUCAACUUAUACAAUCAACUUGGAGCCAAGAGCUCUGAAAAGGACUCUGAGCCAGAUCCGAUAACAUGUCAGUGGAACGCUUUAGCCACCGACCAGGGUAUGAGCGAAAACGCUUCAAAUGCCCCAGAAAGUGGAAUAGAGACUUUACCAGCAAGCAAUCUUGAGACUUCCGCAUCACUGACUGUAACUCCUGAAACGAAAGAAGAAAGAACCGCUUCCAGACUGACGAACAACUCGAUUGAGACAGACCUCAAUCCCAACGCACCAGAAUUCAAGCUCUAA